AAAACAUCCGAACAGCACACUGGAGCAGCGGCCGAAGGAGCCACAUUCGCGCUGUGAGGGGAAGGUGGAAGGCUUGCCGACCCUGCCCGCUCUGCUCGCCCAAUCCACUUCAUGCAUCAUUUCAGUUGCCGGUGCCGCGUUCCACUUCACAGUUCCAAUCGCAUCGUCUCCACGGCAGGCCUGGUAGCUGCUCGUUGCUAGUUGCUGUUCUACCUUUCCACCCGCUGCCUUCUAUCUCCUCCAGUCUCCAGCUUGUUCAUGAUCUUGACAGACGAGGCUGUUCUUCUUUCUCCUGGCACCCGGAUCAGAGGUACCCUAUCGUGACGCCCUGCCGGAUCUUUUUUUCAUUCAAAAGCGCGCCUUCUACUCUUCGUAGCGGGCUGCCCUUUCGUUAAUUAAUCCCGUUACCUCUCUUACUUCUCGGCCGGACCCUUGCCCCUCCGAUACCGUCGCACGGAAUCGCAUGUGCCCCAUCCUCGAAUCUGCUCGCGUCGUUCAUUCUUGAUCCCAAAGUCAAACCAUGAAGGGCAACAGUCGUCACCCUUCGGUGCCACCGCCGCCCUUGGCCCCGCAGUCGCCCACCUCCAAGGCCACGGCAAAAUACACAAACAAAGAUGGGUCCAAGUUCAUUACGGUUCCCAAGGGGUCAACCCCAGCCGACUCGGCCCAGCCGUCCCCGACGAUCACCACCGCUGCGAAUGCUGCUCCCGGUCCACAAUCGGCAUCUACCUCGCAUACACAAGGUCAUGGGUUAGGUCAGGCGGAGGGACAGGUGCAACCUGUCAAUAAGAAAAAAGCAAAGCGGCGUCAAAAGGCUGCGGCAAAGGCGGCUGCCACGCAAGGCAUAGCUAACCCAGCACCCUCGAAUGGCUUUCCGAGCCCUUCUCCGUCGCACGCGCAGCAAUCUACAGAGGCCGAUCACGACGACAGCCACGAUGAGCAUCUGGAGGAGUUCAAUAAUCGCAGAGAUUCGCGGGCAUCGAAUAUCCACGAGAACGGCUUUGCGCAAGGGGCGACUACAAGUUCUAAAAAGUCCAAGAAAAAGAAGAAAAAGAGCCAUGCUGGUCAAAAUGCAGCUGAACUGCCAAACAGUCCUCAGCAUGACACCUAUGUCCCUGCGCCCCAACUGUCCCAACAUCCGCGCCCGGGCAUAUCAAAGGAAAAGAUUUGGAACACCAGCUCUCAGGAGGAGAGGGAGCGGAUCAAAGAAUUCUGGCUGGGGUUGAGCGAGACAGAACGCAAGGAGCUGGUUAGGGUCGAGAAGGAUGCUGUGCUCAAGAAGAUGAAGGAGCAGCAGAAGCACACAUGCAGUUGCACUGUGUGUGGGAGGAAGCGGACGGCCAUCGAAGAGGAGCUGGAGGGCCUUUACGAUGCUUACUACGAGGAAUUGGAACAGUACGCAAACCAUCCCAAUCAGGGCGAAGCGCCUCCGAUGUUGGGGCGACGCCCCUCGUUCGGCUCCAUGACAGGCAUGCGCCCGCGUGGCCUCCCGACAAGCUAUCCAAGUCACCAUCAGCCCUCACAUGCGCAAAUCGUCGACCAUGGUGCCGAAGAAGAUGACGAGGAGGAAGAGGUUGAGGAAGAGUACAGCGAGGAUGAGCAGGACGAGGAUGACUAUAGUGAUGAUGAGCCUUCAGAAGAACUGCACCGAUCCGACUACCCGGCAGACUUUUUUAAUUUCGGAAAUAGCCUGACUGUGCAGGGCGGGAUCCUAACCGUUGCCGACGACCUGCUGAAGAAUGACGGCAAAAAGUUCAUCGAAAUGAUGGAGCAACUCGCCGAGCGACGCAUGGCUCGCGAGGAGGAUGCGAGGGACCAGUUCGGUAGCCCCUUUUCUCACUCCGCCGGCGACCGCAAUGCCCAUUAUCACCCCCCGGCCGAUGAUGAGGUAGACGACGAAGAAUACGACGAGGAUUAUGAUGAUGACGAGGAGGAAGAGUACGACAGUCAAGAUGAAGAGGAAACCAUGACCGAGGAGCAGCGUAUGGAAGAAGGCCGCCGGAUGUUUCAGAUUUUUGCCGCCAGGAUGUUCGAGCAGCGGGUACUUACUGCGUACCGUGAAAAGGUGGCUAGGGAACGGCAAAACAUGCUGCUCGAGGAACUAGCCGACGAGAAAAGACGAAGCGAAGAACGCCUGGUCAAAAAGCAGAAGGAAGCCCAAAAGAAGAAGGAACGGCAGGCGAGGAAAAAAGAGCUUCAGGCUGAAGAGAAGGCACGCCGUGAAGAGGAAAAGAUGGCUGAGGAGAAAGCGAAGAAAGCCGAGGAGGACCGGCAAAAAGAACAGAGAAGGCAAAAAGAAGAGGAAAAGAGGAAACAGAAAGAGGCUCAAAAGAAGGCGGAGGAAGAGGAACGAAGGCGUAAGGAAGCUGAACGCCAACGACGCAAUCAUGAGCGGGAGGAGAACGAGCGCAAAGCGCGAGAGCUUAAGGAGCGGGAGAAGAAAGCACGCGAAGAAGCGCGUCUUAAAGAGAAGGAGGCCCGUGAACAAAAGGAACGUGAGGCAAAGGAACAAAAGGAGCGGCAGGAGCGGCAGGAGCGGCAGGAGCGCGAGAAGAGGGAAAGGGAGGCCAAAGCCAAGGCGGAGAUGGAGGCCGCGAAGGCGGCCAAGGAUAAGUCAAAGCAGGAAGACCGAGCAGCGCAGAAGGCUGCGGCUCUCGCAACCACCGCGCCUGUGCCCAUCACUCUGCCCAAGAGGCCUGCUCAGCCGAUCCAGACUUCUGUGCCGGCUGCAGUACCAGCCUUACCGCAACAACCUGCAGCAUAUGCCUCGCCUGUCAUUCCCGUCGCCACCCCAGCGUUUCCAAAGGUGCCAGCCCCCGCUCAGAGUCGUCAAAUACAUCAGCAAGAGAGUGUCACAACUUCUUCAGGACCAACAUCUCAGCCAGGAUCAGCCGUUAGCCAAAAUCCUUCUCCGCACACAUUAACACCAAUACUUACAAGUCCUGGUCCCGUGAAACCACCCAGCAAGUCCGGGGUUGCUGUGAGCGGGACACAAAACAGUGGGGUACAGUUACCGUCCCCCGCCCCUUCCACGACCGUCAACGCGGGCUCCAAACCACUUCAAUCCCAGGCAAAUCCCUUUGGCGGCCCCUCGAUGAACAUGCCAUUCCAACCAACUCCUCAGCCCCCGCCUGGUUUCAGCAACCACAUGCAACCCCAAUAUCCUCCUUUCUACAACCCUGCCAACAGCUACAACAGAGUGGCACCGGGGAUGAUGGCGGCGCCACCGGGUUUUUCUGCGCCAUUAGGCGGGCGGGCAAUGUCGAUGCAUUCACCUGGAUUCCCCGGGCCCCUGGAUUCACCAGUGUCAAGCUUUGCAGGCUUGCCAGCUGGAUUGAGCUCACUGCUAGGCAAAGAUAACGUGCCGUCUCACACUCGUCAGGGUUCCGGUAGCUUCGAAAUCGGGCCUGUCAGCUCUUCAAGUCAGCCCAUCAGCCGGCCGACGCCCAUAGGAAGACCGGCCAGCGUGGUCCAUGGCCAGCGUCGAUCACCCGAGUUCUCGACUAACGGAACCGAUCAGGCGGAACAGGAAGUACAUCUCGGAAGCAGUGCACUGCUCGAGCCUGAUGACACUCAGCAGGAUUUUCCUGCCCGGUCUCAUUUUGGUCUGCUUGGGACGUCUGCGCCCGGAGUUCGAUCUGCACCUGGAUUUGGCGGGGGACCGUUUGGGAUGGAAACCGGCUUUUCACUGCCACACCAGAACAGCCCAUGGAAUCCGGUACCUCCACUACAACACAACCCAUUCGUACCACCGCCUCCGGGGUUCCCGUCAUCGUCACAUCACGGACCAUGGAGCCAGGCGGCACCGCCAGGCAUCAUGGGGCGAAAUCCAUCCAUCGUGGAGCGUAGUGCCCCGUGGUCUGUGACACUUCGCAAGUCGCUCUGCGCUGUAUGCGAGGAUCUCGGUGCUGGCGGUAGUUCGAGUUACGAUGGGUUCAUCCCGUUGGGGGAAAUCAUGGCCCAUAUGAAGCAGUUUACAGUGAACGAGAAAGAAGUUCUUGAUAUAUGCGAUACGGAAGGAAACCCAUCCAAUGGCGGUGGGAGUUUUAUUGUGCGGGACCCAUUGUCGCCAAGUGGAAGCCCGCUCAUUCGCUAUGUUCCGGACGAUGACGCUUCACGAGCUCCAUACGGCCCUAUCAAACAUCCCGGAGAUAUCGGCAGCCCGAUCGUCGGUUCAGGUUCAUUUCAUGUCGGAUCAUAGGAAGAUAAACAAUUGCAUUCGGCCAAGCAAGGAGAGCUACGGCAGCCGCGCGGGACAACAGGCACUGAUCAGAGUGCAAUUCGCCAGACAUGUUUGCAAAGAAACUGGGAUGCGCAAGGGCGAACACAGACGAAGCCGGAUGUUGAAGGAGUGCAAAACUAUGUACGGUCUUCGGGGGACAAUAUAGACCAACGCAGUACAGGCAUGACUCUAGGCUCCGAUCCAGCACGCCUAUACAACCAGUCCGAUGGUGAUCAAUCUUGGCGCCGAUUAUCGCGUUCGGAGUCGGUUACAGGUGCCGGGUUUUCAGCUAGUCCCCAAUUUGGCAACAGUAGGGAACCCUCGUCGCGAACCAUUACGCUUGUGGCGCAGAGACAGGACAAUGCAGAUGCUUUCCGGUUUGAUAGAACACGUACAGCUGUUGGGCAAGGAAAUCCAGGUGAUAGUUCGUUUGGCCGUAGCGCAAGCAAUCAGCAAGGCCAACGGAAGAACCCGGAACGAAAAACGUGGGCGUGGUGAUGAAAGCCGAUGGGAAGAAGGUUCUGACUUGGCUGUGUAUGGGUACGGGUGUAGGUGAAUCAGCCGCCUUAUACGGAUGGGUAAUGAGGGUUAUGAAGGACGGCUAGUGUUGGACGGCUUGUAAGCACCAUGUGCAUUCGAAGUAAGCAUUAUCUCUUUUUCGUUGUCGGUUUUCCAAGGAGGAAGCGAAGUAUUCAUCAGACAACAAUGAUGCGAGGGGAGAACGGACAUGUUCUUCUUGUCCUCGGUACUGGCUUGUUAUUAGAGGAGGAGAACGCCGAUGAGGCUCAUACCCAAUGUUCUCCCGUGGUUAUCGUUUGUUUCUCUUUAUUUUUUGUUCAGCAGCAUAUUGAACAUGGAAGCGGAAUGGUAGCUACUUAGGCAGGCUGUCUACUGUACAAUUCAAAGCAAGGAGAUAUUUGCUGGCACUGAAA